UUUCAUAAUUUUACUGCAAUUAUUAUCAUCAUUUGCUUACCUUUUUACUCUCUCUCUCUCAGAUUCUUCGCCCAUAGAGACUACAAAACAAUCGAAGAUCCAACAAUGUCACACCUCCUCCCUGCUUCUUUUGCUUGAUUACGGGUUUUCUCUCUCUAGUGCAAAAUUUUUGACCCCCCUUCGAAUUUCCUAUUAUUUAUACAAUAGAGCACUCUCUUGCGUUCUUUCUCUCCGCGAAGUUUCAAAUGUUCCUGAAAUUCGUUAGGUGGGAAUUAUUCGUCUUUGGUUAGGAUCGGAGCUCAAAUUAUCGAAAAAUUGGAUUGUGUUUGCUGCUUUUCGAGUGGAAUUUUGGGGUUUUAUAUUUGUGAAGCUUUUAGGGGUGACUGAUCAGAAGGUGUUGGGUUUUGUGGUUGCUGCAUGUAGAAGAUUGUGGAGCUGGUGGUGGAUUUUUCAGUGCUUAUGAGUUGAAGACUGUGACUUGGGACUGGUGGUGGAAAUUUAGGGUUUUGCAUGCUUUGGUUUUGAUUUGGUAGGCUUUGCAUGUGUAAGCCUUUAGGGGUCCUCUGCUCAGUUGGAGGAUCCCUGUUGUAAAAAGAAUUGACUUUUGAGGUGUGAUUAUUGGGGGUUCAUGAAUUCUUCGAUAAUUUAUUAUGCUGGUUGAAUUGGGUCGAUAAUCAAGUGAGGAGGUGUUGAAAUUUGCAUUCGUGGUUACACAGAUUUGGGUGGAAAUGUUUGAUUCGGUUCAGGAUGGGGGACAUGAUAGCAGUGGAGUUUUGGUACCAGUUCUGAUUCCUUGGCUAUUCGAGUGGCGUUAUGGUGGAAGAAGUGUGUCACUUUGUGGCUCUUUCACAAGUUUAUAGAUUGGAUCUGUGAUUGGAGUUUUUAUUGGAUUCCUCGUCUAAACAGGUGGUCGGAAAGUAUACCUAUGUCUCUGGCGGAGGGACGCGAUGAUGUUUUUCAAGUUGUUUGGAACUUAACAUCAGGACACCACGAGUACAAGUUUUGUGUUGAUGGACAGUGGCGAUAUGAUGAGAACCAGCCCUUUGCAGAGGGGGCUUGUGGGUUAGUAAAUACCAUCAUCAUCGCUAGGGAACCAGAUAUGAUUAAUUCUACUUCUAGUUCCCCAACACCUGGCAGAUCCAACAUGGAUGUGGAUUAUGAUAUCAUUACACCCGCGGUCUCGUUGUCACAUGGUACUUUGCAAGAAGCCAUUCCAAUGAUAUCAUCAGUUGAUUUAGAGGUCUCUCGCCACCGUGUAGCUAAUUUCUUGUCUACACAUACUGCUUAUGAGUUGCUUCCUGACUCAGGCAAGAUCAUCACCUUGGAUAUCAAUUUACCUGUGAAGCAAGCAUUUGAUAUUCUUCAUGAACAGGGACUCUCUGUGGCUCCUCUCUGGGAUUUUUGCAAGAGUCAGUUUGUUGGAGUUCUCAGUGCAUCGGACUUCAUUCUAAUUUUGAAGGAGCUUGGGAAUCAUGGAUCAAACUUGACAGAGGAACAACUUGAGAAACAUACAAUAGCAGCUUGGAAAGAGGGAAAACUACAUCUUACCAGAACAAUGGAUGGCAAUGGGGGAUCAUUUCCCCGUCGACAGCUUAUCCAUGCUGGCCCUUAUGAUUGUAUGAAAGACGUCGCUUUGAAAAUUUUACAAAACAAGGUGGCCACUGUUCCCAUUAUCCAUUCUUCACGGGAUGGUUCUUUUCCACAACUAUUACAUCUUGCUUCGUUGUCAGGGAUACUAAAAUGUAUCUACAGGUUUUUUAGACAUUCUUUAAGCUCCUUGCCCAUUCUUCAGCAACCCAUUUGUUCAAUUCCUUUGGGUACAUGGGUUCCACAAAUUGGGGAGUCGAAGCCAUUUGCAAUGUUAAGGCCAAAUGCGUCUCUUAGUGCUGCUUUAACUUUAUUAGUUCAAGCUGGAGUUAGUUCGAUACCAAUAGUGGAUGAUAAUGGCUCAUUGCUGGAUAUGUAUUCACGAAGUGAUAUCACUGCUUUGGCAAAAGAUAAAGCAUAUGCACAGAUUCGCCUUGAUGAAAUGACUAUUCACCAGGCAUUGAAACUGGGGCAAGAUGCAAAUUCUCCUUAUGACUUCAAUGGACAGAGAUUUCAGAUGUGUUUACGUUCUGACACUCUAAACGAAGUGAUGAAACGGUUGACAAGUCCUGGGGUUAGGAGACUUGUCAUUGUUGAGGCUGGCAGCAAUCGUGUGGAGGGUAUAAUUUCAUUGACUGAUGUGUUCAACUUCUUGCUAGGCUAGCUGGACUUUGUUGAUCACCAUUUCACUUGAAGGGGUUAUGGGGAAGUCCCAUUGUUUUUUGACAUCUUGUAUCUUGAGCUACUCUCUUCUUCCCAUUGUGCAAUGUCUAAUUUGUUUCUCCAAGUCGUCAUUUGACAAGCAUAGUGCAUCUGAGCCCAACCUUCUUUUUAGGAUAGAAAAUUUUAAAGAGAAAAAGAAAUAUGUAUAUUGUGAGGAUUCAAUUUUUCAUUUUCAACGCCACGGCCUAAUUACUAUCCUUGUUCGUGGCAUAGCUGCCAUGUUUGUGUCAAGUGCUAACAGAAAGCAAAGAGAAAAGAAAAAACCUGGGGUGUGGAACACCAUGAACACCAUAUGGUAUGUGUCAUACCUUGCCAUUUGGUGGGGCUGUUGUUAAAAAGCCUUGGUUGCUGAUCCUUGCUUGUAUCUAGCAAAGAAAGAGAUGUUUGCUUGUCGUUUGUGUUGUGACACUGUCGUUUGGUGGGUGCUGUGUGUGUGACAAUUUAAGUCACAGGUUUUACGUUUGUAUAAAAUUUAAGAUAGCUUGUUUAUUGCUCU